UUUGCAUUGAUCUAGACGACAUCAAGAACAAAUUCGACGGCGAGAGUUGUGUUGUGGACUACUUUAGCUGUGCUGUUUUGUUUGUUGUGUAAUAGCAGCACCUAGUAUACAUCGAGGCUCCAGGCUCCUUUCUGCGUUACAGAAUUUGGUGUGAACAAAACGCUACGGCAGGCGCACUGUAACUGUGAAAUCCCGAUCCAAGCCAGCCUCCUUGAGAUACUUGAAAAGAACUAGGCAAAUUUUCUGUCAAAAUGCCUACAAAGCGAAACAAAUCACAAUCAGCAAGUGCAAGUCAUGCAAGUGGUGGUGACUCAAAAUUUAGUGGAAUGUUUUCUGCUCUGAAGACAAAAUUACGACGCAGUAGAACUGGUUCUGUUGACGGUGAUCCUAGUGACAAACUCUCUGAGUAUCCAAGUGCAAAGUGUGCCACAUUGCCGGCCCGAGUUUCUGGCGUUGAAAGCACAAAGAAACCUAAAACCUUACAUUGGAUGGCUGGUUUGGUGGAUGAGCUAGACUUUAUUCCAUCUCCUGUCAGCAGGGAGGAUAGUGAAGAAUCUGUUGAUUCUGGAUUUCAUGGAUUUCAUCGAAGUCCCAGAAUUGAAGAGAGAGGUAACAAAGUGAUGGUCAUACCAGCUAGCACUUCAGGUGGAGGAAAAAUCUACGAUGUGGCCACUGUCGAGAAAGCGUUUGGCCCAUUGAAAGAUGUUGGAAGGUGGUAUUCAACAUACAGCAACUCUCGUCAACAACCUGUAGAUGAGGGCCGAUAUGUCCACCGACCAUUGCGCCUACAACACUCCCUUGAUGAAGAAGAGCGACUAACAUCUCGGCCACUACCUCCCAUACCACCACCUGUGUCGAAUCAAGCACCACCUGUGUCAAAUCAAGCACCAUCUGUGUUGAAUCAAGCACCACGUAUACCACCUCCCGUGCGUGAUGAUACUGUGUAUGAGCAUGUGGAGCAGCGAAUGCUAGGAACCAAUGGGCUGUGUCUAGGCCUUAGAGACCUCUCACAUCAUGGUUGGUACUGGGGACCUAUUACACGAGUUGAAGCUGAAGAGCGACUAGGUAGUUAUACUGACGGCACGUUUCUCGUAAGGGACAGUUCUGAUGACAGAUAUCUUCUCAGCUUGAGUUUUAGGUCACAAGGAAAGACGUUACACACCCGGAUCGAAUACUCAAAUGGUUGUUUCAGUUUCUACUCUUACCCAGAUUCAGACAGCGAGGGCUUUCACUCUGUUGUUGAACUUAUUAAGAAAAGCAUGGAGCAUUCCCAAGAGGGAGUAUUUUGUUUCAGUAGAGCCCGGGCUUUGGGUUCGCCAGCUGUACCCGUUCGAUUGUUGAAGCCUUUUUCACGCUAUAACCAUGUGCGUUCUCUACAGCAUUACUGUAGGUUUGCGAUUCGACAAAGUAUUAGAUUUGACUUGAUUCGUAAACUACCUCUGCCACGUCACGUUCAUGGUUUCCUAGAGCAAUCACAAUUCUGAAAUUUGACUUUUACUCAAAUCCAUUAAUUUUGUCAGUUCAAUACACACUGUCAAUGCAGUGUAUACAUGUGUGUCUUUUAGCUUUAUGCUUUGACUAAUUUUUUUGUAUUCGACAGUGUUUUUAAACCAAAGUUUAUACACAACUAGUGUGUAUGUAUGUGAAUUUGUGGUUAUGUAAACAUGCACCAUUUGUGUCCUUAUUUAUAUACAUUAUCCAUACAUUG